AUGGGUGUCAGCUGCAAGUUUUACAUGCUUGAAGCCAGCAAAAUUUACUUCUUGAAAGGUGCCCUCUUCUCAACUAAUACCAAGGAUACCUUGAACAACAAGUUGUACUUUGAAGGUACCAAUUGCACGCUGCUUGGCAAUGCUGAGAGCUUUACAUCAAACAUGGAGGACAUGAUUGGGCUCAGCGGGAUUGUGAGAGUCCUUGAUAUUGGAUUCAAGGUUGAGGAAUGCUGGCAAUUCCUUAAAGAUAAAUCCACCAAUCCCGACCUCAGCAUGCUGUGCGCAAUGGUCCAGAACUGCAACUUCCAUCCUGAGCUUGGUUGUAUGCUCAAACAUUGUAAUAAGCUCCCCCAAUCAUUCAAUUUGGGAUACCACAUCCCACCCUACAAGCACCUUCUGGGUUCCCCUCAAAUUGUCAAGAAGGGACAAGAGUGUAACUUCCAUGUUUACAUUGAGGACUUCAACGAAGAGACAUUACAAUAUGUGGUGCUUGUGAACAAAGUAGCCCCGACCUUGGGCCAUCAAGAAGUCACUACUAAGGCUGCCUUGCAGGAUGGCAAUUUGUCUGUGCCAAAUGCACGCACACAGUCUAAAAAGCUCAAUGUGCCUGCACCCAACACCCCUUUCAAAUCACUGUUGACUGCAUAUGGAUCCAGCUCUGGUGUUCCGUUGGUGGCCUCUGACACCACUCUUUCUUUGGCUGCUUCGGCUUCAACUGAAGCCAAGUCCAAAGGGAAAGCUCCUUCACAACCAACUAAAAAGAGAGCCUGUGCUACUCCCAAGAGGAAGGCUACCAGAGAGAAUGUGAUCAAUGAGUCCUCUGAGGAAAUUUAG